UCGAAGCGAGCGCAGACCCUGAACUAUUCAAUUGGCAAAGCCGCCGACCGAGCGAGUAGGCAACUGUUGCGAUUGCUCUGGGUGCGAUAGCGUACAGCCUCCGAGAUCAGUUGCUCAAGGCACACGCAGCUGUUGGGUUAUCUCUGGCGAGCGCUGUCUAUCUAUCUAUCGACAUGGACAGAUUCUACUGGCGCAACAAGGUGGCUGUCAUCACCGGCGCCUCGGUGGGCAUUGGUGCCAGCACGGCGCUAGCUCUAGCCAAUGCUGGCAUGGUUGUGGUGGGCCUGGCCAGGCGCGUCGAUCUGAUCGAGGCUCUCAACGCUCAAGUGACUGGCGAGGGCAAAAUCUUUGCGCGUCAAUGCGAUCUCAGCGAUGAUGAACAGCUGAUCAGCACCUUCAACUGGAUACGCGAGCGUUUCUAUUGCAUACAUGUGCUCGUCUGCAAUGCGGGCAUACUUAAGGCGAAUUUUCUGAGUGAAUCACCAACCAAGGACAUUAAGGAACUAUUCGAUUUGAAUGUGGUCGCCACCGCGAGCUGUUUGCGCGAAACUCUGAAGCAUAUGGCGGCAACAAAGGUGCGCUGCCACAUUAUCGUUAUAAACAGCGUGCUGGGCCAUCGCAUACCGGAAGUGCCGGUGCCCUUAUUCAGCGUUUAUCCCGCCACGAAGCAUGCAAUUACAGCACUUUGCCAGACGGUGCGCCAGGAAAUACAUUUUCUCAAAUUAAAUAUUAAAUUAACGAGCAUCUGCCCUGGCAUGGUGGACACCGAUUUUCUGAAUGUUUACUCACAGGCCGUCGAUGAAUUGCCCAAGCUGCAGGCCGUCGAUGUGGCCAAGGCAAUUCUAUAUGCACUCGACACGCCCGAUGGAGUCCAGGUGGAGGAUAUUAUUUUGCAGAAGAUGCGGACAGUGGAGUGAAGCAAACGUACAUGGAAAGCAUUUACAAUUUUUUUAAAUGUAAAAUUGAAUGGAUUUGAAAAAAAAUUUCAUCUAUAGCCGAAGUGUACAAUAAGCUAUUAAAACGAAUAAAAACAACAAUCACA